AUGCGCAGAAGUAUAUUUCUAGAUAAUACAAUUGAAUUUUUAAAGGGAAGAGUAUACCUUGGAGCAUACGAUUUCACUCCAGAUGACACAGACGAAAUAGUAUUUUUCACUGUCGAGGAUUCAAUCUUCUAUAAUAGUUUUCAUUUAGAUUUCGGUCCCUUAAAUAUUGGUCAUUUAUACAGAUUUGCUGUUAUUUUCCACGAAAUAUUAAACAAUCCUGAAAAUUCAAAUAAAGCUGUGGUCUUUUAUUCAUCUGCAUCUUCAAGACAAAGAGCAAAUGCUGCAUGUAUGUUAUGUUGUUACAUGGUAUUAGUACAAGGUUGGACCCCUCAUCAAGUACUUCAACCUUUGGCUCAAGUGGAUCCACCAUUUAUGCCGUUUAGAGAUGCUGGAUAUUCGAAUGCUGAUUUUGAAAUUAGUAUACAAGAUGUAGCCUACGGUGUAUGGCGUGCAAAGGAGAAAGGUCUCAUAGACUUGCAUUCGUUUAACUUAGAGACUUAUGAAAAAUAUGAACAUGUUGAAAAUGGUGAUUUUAAUGUAUUGACACCGGAUUUUAUUGCAUUUGCAUCUCCACAAGAAGAUAUGAGACUUAAUGGAAGCUUUAAAUCUCGAUCACAUUUAAAUCAACCGUUUCGUAGUGUGUUAAAAUUCUUCUCUGAAAAUGAUGUUCAAUUAGUUGUUAGAUUAAAUUCUCAUCUUUAUAAUAAACAACAUUUUGAAAAUUCUGGCAUUCAACAUAUUGAUAUGAUCUUUGAAGAUGGUACUUGUCCAGAUUUAUCAAUCGUACAAAACUUUAUCGGGGCAGCUGAUACCAUUAUUAGACGCGGUGGGAAGAUUGCUGUUCAUUGUAAAGCAGGUCUAGGGAGAACAGGGUGCCUUAUCGGCGCUCAUCUGAUACAUACUUAUGGCUUCACAGCGAAUGAAUGUAUUGGAUUCUUAAGAUUUAUUAGACCCGGGAUGGUGGUGGGACCACAACAGCAUUGGCUAUAUUUACAUCAAAACGAAUUCAGAGAAUGGAAAUAUACUAUGCGUGUUGCAUUAGAAUCAAGCGAAUUAAUUGGAGAUUUAUACCCAUUAAUUACUAAUGAUGAUUAUAAGAUUCAAAAGAAAAGAUUAAGAGAUGCAACUACUACCGCAGCAUCAGCAUCUCUGACCAGAGAAAAUGGAAGAAAAGGCUCAAAUAACCUGGAAUCUAAUCUCCGAGACUUAAAUAUGACUCCACAGAAACCUUCGAUGUCAUCCACUACAAGAAACUCAGCAAUAUAUAGUAACCAAAAGAACAAUAUGGCCACUUCCACCGGUAAUAACAAUAUCGCUUCGCAGAUGGACUACGCACGUAAAGCUGUACCUCAAAAUUCUCCUGGACAGCCAAGAAAAGGACAAAAUGGUACUAACACUAUCGAAGAUAUCAAAACUAAUAAAACACGGUCAAAUAAUGAAAAUGAAAUUGAUAUGAAUGAGAACGAUGAAAUUAUAGAUACAAUCGAUGGUGAUACAAACAUGCUCACAGAUAAUAAUUCUGACGAAGAAGAUAUUAAUAGCAAACCUGUCUCAAUUACAAAUAUUUCAAGAAGAGCACAAAAAAUACAACAAAGUAACCAAGAUGACGCUGCUGAGGAGGAGGAUGAUGCAAUGUUAAAACAAUUGUUGCCAAAAAACAGGCGCACGACUUCCGGAAGAAGAACACCAAGCUCUGCAGGAGGCAUAAGGAAGAUUAGCGGUACCACUAAGAAAUAA